GGUAGGUACGAAUACUCUUCCUCUGAAUAGACACUUCAAAUCCACACCUUACUGCUGCUGCUGAUUCAUACACACACACAUGAACACACACAACACACACACUUCACUUUGUUCCUUCUAAGCUGUUAGAGGACUCUGCACAGGAUUUAUUUUUCCAGUCAUGAAGUAAAGAGAGACCUGUGGGAAUUUUCGACCAUGGAGUCCAAUCUGUCCGGCCUGUCUUCCCUGAAAGAAGAAGGCGAUCUGCUCUACAUACAGCCACAUUAUAAGGAGACUUACCGCCUGGCCAUCUACGCGCUGCUGUGUGGAGGCCAGGAGGCGUACGAGGAGUUCCUCAGGGUGGAGCAGAUCAGCCACUUCCUGUCGGAGGAGGAGAUCCAGUUCAUUUUGGAACAUGCAGAGCUACCGGUGCUGGAGGACGACGACUCCUCGGAGGGGAAGAAGGUCACGGAUGAAGCCAGCCCCUCCACCUACUUCCCCACUGAGUCCGAUGAGGAGGUGCCGGACCUGGACCUGGGCUGGCCUGAGGUCGCUCUGGAGGGGGCGGAGACCUCCAUCAGCCUACUGUUCAACCCCCCCAGACUCAACACCCCCACCAUCAAGGAGGUGGUGCGCAAACAGAUCCAGGAGGCCAGGCUGUGUAUCGCCAUAGCGAUGGACGUGUUCACUGACGUGGAUAUUUUCAAAGAGAUCGUCACGGCCACGCUGAGAGGAGUGGUGGUUUACAUCCUGCUGGACCAGUCUCAGAUCAGGAGCUUCCUCAACAUGACGCAGAGGGUGGGCAUCAACAUCCAGGACCUCAAGAAGCUCCGUGUUCGGACGGUUCCUGGGCUGCGGUAUCAGUGCCGCUCCGGGGUGAAGUUCAGUGGAGAUUUGGAGCAAAGAUUUAUUCUGGUGGACUGCCGAACAGUGCUGUUUGGAACAUACAGCUACACGUGGGCGUUUGAGAAGAUCAACCACAGCAUGGUCCUGGUGAUCACUGGUCAGCUGGUGGGCUCUUAUGACGAGGAGUUUAGACGACUUUACGGUCGCUCCACAGUCCCUGCAGUUCUGUCCAAGGAAAUGUCUUCCAUCCAGCUCCUGAAAGAAGGCGUGACCCUCGGGAGCCCAAACUCCAGCCAGCUUUCCCUCCACCAAAUCCACAUGAGACCCAAAGUGAUGCAAGGCAUGAGGAGCGCUCAGGAUGGAUUUAACAACGGCGCCAUGACGAGAGGCCUGAGCGUUCAGGAGAGGCUGAAUCAAACUCACUGUUUCGACAUGGGGAACCUGGUGCGUGGACACAGUUAUGGCGGAGAGCUGCAGAAGUUAAACUCCUCAACUCGACUGAGGAUGGGGACUAAAGACCUCGGACUGCCUGUUGCCCCCGAUAAAACAGGACUUAACUUGCUACAAAAUAGGUUGUCUCAACAUCACAUUAGACACCGAACUCGCUACGGAGCGGACCAAAAUCUGAUACCAUUCAACUCUGAAACAUCCCUCCACAGGUGGAAGAUGGACGCAUACUUUAACGACAGCAACGGGCCUAAAGAUGAUGCAUUAUCCCCAAUGUCCUCUCCGUAUAGCAGCCACACAGGCUUGAAUGAGCAGCAAUCACAGAUGAUCCAACUUAGAUCGAGGGACAUUAAGACCAGGAUGGAGGAAAUGAGGCAGAAGAGGCUCAGUCUGCAGGACUUCAGCAACCUCAGGCAGAGCCAAGAGUCCUUGAGGUCUAUGUACCAGGCUCUGGACAGACCAAAGUAUUUGUCUUCAUUAAGAAGUCUGGACAUGAGGCAGAGUAUCCCAGAAUUAGAGCCAAUUGUGCAAAAUGGGGUCAGCAUGGAACCAACCAAUCACAAAGACAGUGAGCCAAAUAAGGAAGGUGACAAAAGAGAGCAACCUCUCUCUGAUGGCCAUCGCUCGGCUUCCAACUACGACGUCACGACGGCUCCAGAUAAAAAAACAACACCGAAAUACGACUGGCACGAGUCUCUCUCCAGGACAACCUCAGCUGCUGAUUUGGAAAUACAAUUAAACGAUCCCUCGCUCAAGCUCUCCCACUUGCAGCCCAGCGGUCUCCAACACCCAAGAGCGAUGGAGGCUUUGACGGAGAUCCCUGAGGAGAAAGAGGGUUCACGUGUCAACAGCGCCGACUCAGCUGCAUUCAAAGAAGCAAAUGAGGAGAUAGGCAAAGACGAAAAAGCUCUACCAAAGCAGAACUCUGUGAAAUCUAGCAUACCUGCCGAACCGAAGCGCCAGGAUCAAACCAGACUAAACCCUGGUUCUGUAGGUAAGGCCGCAGAACCAAUGCGCCAGGAUCAAACCAGACUAAACCCUGGUUCUGUAGGUAAGGCCGCAGAACCAAUGCGCCAGGAUCAAACCAGACUAAACCCUGGUUCUGUAGGUAAGGCCGCAGAACCAAUGCGCCAGGAUCAAACCAGACUAAACCCUGGUUCUGUAGGUAAGGCCGCAGAACCAAUGCGCCAGGAUCAAACCAGACUAAACCCUGGUUCUGUAGGUAAGGCCGCAGAACCAAUGCGCCAGGAUCAAACCAGACUAAACCCUGGUUCUGUAGGUAUGGCCGCAGAACCAAUGCGCCAGGAUCAAACCAGACUAAACCCUGGUUCUGUAGGUAAGGCCGCAGAACCAAUGCGCCAGGAUCAAACCAGACUAAACCCUGGUUCUGUAGGUAAGGUGUCCAACAGCUCAAGCUCAGUCGCUUCAAAAGAAAGAAAGCAAUCAAUAUCCAAAGACGAACAAACUGUACCAAAGAGCACUUCCACAGAAUCUCAGCAUGCCGAUGAAGCUGGGAGUAGUCAAGCGGACAAAAAGCAAACACAACGGGAGGAACCAACCCUUCAAAGGAUGAAUUCCUUGAGAAUGAAAGUACAUUCGCUGCUUAACGCUGACGAAAAGAAAGCAUCAAAGAAAGAAGAGAAGUCGCUACGAAGAAAGGAAUCUCUGAGAACACAAAACCCGUCGGGAUCAACCCCACCAAUCAGAGCGGACCAUUCACAGGCGGCAGAGCAAACGACACCCAAGAAAGGUCAUUCGCCGAGCGUCUCCCGGUCGCACAGCUCUUUAGCUUCUUCAGCAGACACAGAGAAGCAUAAAUCUCCGUUCCAGAGAUUAAGUCCACAGCGAUCCAGCAAGAAGAAGCCGAACCCUGCAGGAGAGCAGGAGCGAGGAUCGAGGAGCACUCUGAACGUAGAGGGAGGGAUCCUCGCUCGAGACCGCAGAGACCCAGUCUACAGCCGAUACGAAUACUUGUACAACCCAGAACUUAAACCUCUGGACAAACAGAGUGGCUCGGACAACAAACUGGGGAAAUUCAUGCAACGGGUCGGAAAUUUGAUAGGCAAGAACAAGUAGAGGGUGGAAAAAGUAAUAGACGACGCAUUGUUCAGGAAGGAAGGCGGUGUUAGUGCAUAAUCCAUGGAUGUUUCUGAAGUUAUUCACUACAAGAUUGUUUAUAUAGCACAUACCGACAACUAAGCAACUACACCCAGAACAGUGUUGUGUAAGAUAUGAAUAACUAUUUGAUUUAUUAAAUGGCAGCGUCAAACAGAAAGGUCUUCAGCCUUGAUUUAAAAAAAAAAAGUUUAAGUGACUGUACUCCACUCACUACUCUUUAAGGAGUUCUAUGUAGAGGUAUACAUAGUGACCUCAUCUGCAAAAAAAACGGACUCAAUUCGGGUCAUUUAUCUGCGCUGUUAAUAAUGUCAUUGCUGUCUGAGAAAAGGAAAGGUAAGAGGUACUUUAUUGAUCCCAAAUUGGGAUUUGUUUGCGUUGCAGGAGCAUAAAAAACAAAACAAAACAAGGCAUUGCACAUGAGUAGAAAUUAAAGUAUAAACAAUACUAGAAUUUAAACAUCUCAAAAUAGAAUUAAAACAGCAUAAAAAAGUAGAAAAUAUACAGUAGACUCUGAAGAUAAAAAAUCGAUUGAAAAGAUGCACAAAUAAACAUGUGCCAAAGCAGCUUCUGCUCGUGGACCAUCUCUAUAUUACCGAUAUAAAUACAUAUUAUAAAGAUCUUCCAUUAAAUAGGGUGAAAUUAUUUCCGUUGUUCCUUCCCACAGCACUACAGAAAGGCAAGUCACUAUAGUAGAGUAGUGGUGAGUGAUUUUGGACACAGCCCGUAUUGUUCAUUGCUUUAUUUGGCUUCCCAACAGAGACAUAGUUGGGUGGUUAUCACUGCAGCAUGCAACAUGUUUCUUUUGUUGGAUAAUGUGUCUUAGAUCUUAUCGGGGAACAUAUUUACCACCGUUACCAAAACACAAGAAGCCAUUUAACAGGUGUCUGCUUCUAAAUGUGUGACCAUGAAUCGGACGUUACAGGGAAGCCGGGUUGUCAGUCAAGGUGUUUACAUUAUUAAGAUAUUGCAGGGUGAAUAUGACAGUCUAAUGCUUGUAUAUUUAAAAUAUAUGACUUUAUUUUGAAAGUUUUUUUUAUUUUUGAACGUUUACUUAAGGACAGAAUAUAAGUAUUGUGUGUGUAUCAGAGCCUGAUAUGUCUCUUUACCAUAGAGCUCCAUUUGUAUAUAAAAACUAUGAAACACAUGAACACACUCAAUUCCACACACUAUCCCGAUGCCACAAAUACUCACCAAAUGUGUAUUAAUCCACCGCUGAAAAUAGUCCCCAACAAACGCACUAUUUCCUCCUGUGUGCUAGUUAAUAAUUACAGCUUUAGGAAGAACAUCAUAGACGGACUAAUGGGAUGUUAUAUAGCAAACCUUACCCAUCGUUGUAUUUUCUCUUUGUCUCAUUUGUAAAUUAUAUUUUUUUUGAAAGGGCUUCAUGUUGUACAUUUUAUAUUGUUGUUGUUUAUGAGUUGUCUUGUGAUGAUUAUGAUAUGUACUGUACUGCUCAACUGUUGUCAUCCUCAUGGAUAUGCAUGAUUGUUAUACUGAGUAAUCCAGAUGUUUAAUAAAACUAAACAUACAAUAAAACAGUGUUUAACUAAAGGGAAAUAUAUCAUUGGGAUCAGUGGGACUAAUAAGGUAUCUCUUUUACAAAGUCUCAAUUACUUUUUAAUACAUUUUCAAACAUCACUGGGAACAGGUUUUUUUAAAUCCACUUUCUACUAGAGAAAUGGUUCCCUGGUCUGUUGACUAACUACGGCAUUGCUUUUAUAAAACCAUUAUGUUGCAUAUUUUAUUGUUACUUUCUAAUGCAGGUAGCAGCACUAGCAUUGUUUUGACUUCUCAAAAUCAGAGCCGAAUUAUACUGAAUAAUCUGGAAGGAUUGGUACCACUAAAAUAGUUGUUUUUUUUGUAAAUUGGGGAAACUGAUACUUUUUGUGUUGUGUUGUAGAUUGCGCCUACAUGUAUUUAUGUCUGUAAAAUACACUGUAAAUAAAAGAAUACAUCGUGAAAAAGAUACUUAAAUGAAAGAA